CGAAAACAUCCGCCAUAUUUUAUUUAAAGUUUGACAUUUCUUUUACUUUGAGCACGUUUUUAGGAAAAGCUCUACAAUGCAGAUCUUCGUAAAAACCCUCACGGGUAAAACCAUCACCCUCGAGGUGGAGGCCUCAGACACCAUUGAAAAUGUGAAGGCAAAGAUCCAGGACAAAGAGGGAAUCCCACCAGACCAGCAACGUCUUAUCUUCGCUGGUAAACAGUUGGAAGAUGGCCGCACACUCUCUGAUUACAACAUCCAAAAGGAAUCCACACUCCACUUGGUGCUCAGGCUGAGAGGAGGUACCAUUGAGCCUUCCCUCCGUAUUUUGGCCAUGAAGUACAACUGUGACAAAAUGAUUUGCCGCAAGUGCUAUGCUCGCCUUCACCCCCGUGCUACCAACUGCCGCAAGACUAAGUGUGGACACACCAACAACCUGCGCCCCAAGAAGAAGCUGAAGGAUUAAAUUAUUUUAUUUCUUUCAAUUGCAUAGCAUUACCAGUUUACCAUCUUACAAUUUGCUAUUCAUUUAAUUAAGAUGACAAAAUUAAUAAAAAUGUAACAGCAU